AUGUGCACAAGAGGAGAUAAACCUGCCAUUGAUAAAUAUGAAUUCUUGAACUGGCUCGAUAACAAGAAACCGAACUCAGUUUUAUAUGUUUGUUUUGGGAGUAUGAUUAAGUUCACAUCCACUCAACUGCAUGAGAUUGCAUUAGGCCUUGAGUCUUCCCAACAACCGUUCAUUUGGGUAUUGAAAAAGGAGCUCUUUGAGGAUGAAAGGGAAGGGUUAAUGGAGGAGCAUGAGAAGAGAGUGGAAGGGAGGGGAUUAAUCAUUAGAGGAUGGGCUCCUCAAAUGCUUAUAUUGAAUCAUGAAGCAGUUGGUGGGUGCUUGACACACUGUGGAUGGAACUCAACAUUAGAGGCAGUGACUGCCGGUGUGCCAUUGGUGACGAUGCCAAUGUUCGCCGAGCAUUUUUAUACUGAAAGGUUUAUUGUUGAUGUGCUCAAGAUUGGGCUUGGAGUUGGUGUUAAGCAUUUUGGAACAGGGCAGAGGUUCGAGGCGGGGAUGGAGAAAGUUGGGGCGGUGGUGCACAGAGAAGAUAUUGAGACGGCCGUGUUGACGUUAAUGGUUGGAACGGAAGGUGAGGAGAUGAGAAGGAGAGCAAGGGAGUUGAAGGUGAGCGCAAUGAUGGCGGUGAAGGGUGGUUCUUCUUAUUCGGAUAUUGUUAAGUUCAUUGAGGAGUUGUCUCAGAAGAAAACUGAAGUGAUCUAG